UGGAAGCAACAUUGUUCUUUUUUUAAAUUAAACAUAAAAUUUUGCAAGUGGAAAGCCAUUUCUCGGUGGCUAUUUCAAGUUAAUUUAGUUUUCUUUGUAUAUCAGUAUUAGUUGACCAAAGGGAAAGAUCUGUGAGAACUUUGAAGUUCUUUGUAUAGUUUGCCUCUUCAGGACUUGAAAAACUGAAACAAAAUUCUGGUAUCAGGAUCCUAAGUGGAGCAACUAAUUAAGCAACUAAUCUCUUGUUGCCACUCUCAGUAACGGAAGAUGAUUUCCCGGCGAAGGUCGCAGUUUUACGGUGACAGAGUUAUAACUCAAGGCAGUUAGAUUAUAGUUACCACAAUUGUGUGAAAGACACUAAUUAGCGGUAGUUUUCAACUAUUGAGAUGGAGAUUGUUGAGACAUGUGGAAAAGGGACUCUUUCUUCUGCAGAGCCUUCCACCAAACGUAGUUUUCCAUCAACUGAUGAUGAAGUUGUGGGCUUUGUGAAAGAUGCAGAAAGUAUAAUGAAGAAAUUAACCGGUGGAGCAAAGGAGCUAGACGUUAUCUCAAUCUUUGGAAUGCCAGGUCUUGGAAAAACAACUUUGGCCAGGAAAGUGUACGACAAUCCUUCUAUAGUUAAUUACUUUGAUGUUAAAGCUUGGUGUUCUGUUUCGCAAGCGCAUAAUAGGAGGACAUUGUUGAUUGAGAUUUUCAAGCAAGCAACACGUGAUAAGAGCGAAAUCGAUGAGGCUGUUGACAUAGCUGACAAGUUGCAGAAGACUCUUAAAGGCAGGAGAUAUCUCAUAGUAUUAGAUGAUAUAUGGGAAGUCGAGACAUGGGAAGAUCUGGGAUUGUGUUUCCCUAAAGGUGAAGAUGGAAGCAGAGUAAUUGUAACAACUCGAAUUGAAGAAGUGGCUAAGCAUCUUCAGCACUGCAGUGAUCCUUAUUCUCUUAGAUUUCUGACAUCGAAAGAGAGUUGGGAAUUAUUGCAGAAGAAAGUAUUUCGAGGAGAGAGUUGUCCACCCGAUCUACUGGAAGCAGGGUUACAUGUUGCGGAACAUUGUAAGGGGUUGCCUCUUGUGAUUGUACUGAUUGCUGGAAUUAUUGUGAAAAUGGAAAGGAAGGCGUCCUUGUGGCUGGAGGUUGCUAAUGACUUAAGUUCCCUUGCUUUAGGAGAGCAGGGUAUGAAGGUAAUACAAUCGAGUUACGACCAGUUAGAAGACCAAUUAAAGCCUUGUCUUCUGUACAUGGCAUUGUAUCCAGAAGACUAUAAGAUUCCAGUGUCUGAUUUACUUAAGUUGUGGAUGGCUGAAGAGUUCGUAGAGAAUAUUGACUCAGAGAAUAUGGAGGAAACAUCUAGAAUUUUGUUGAAUGAUCUACUUAAGAGAAGCCUAGUGAUGGUCUCUGGCCGACAGGAAAUUAAUGGUGCCAUAGAAUACUGCUCACUUCAUGAUUUAGUGCGUGAGUUUUGUUUGAGAAGACUUACAGAAGAAAAGUACUUUAUGCAGCUGACAGUGCCAUACAGUUCAAAUCAACAAUUGUAUUCCAAAGAAUCACGGUUAUGCAUUUAUAUUCAUGAUGAACUUGUUAAACAAUUAGAUCAUUAUGAAUAUCGAUUGGAUAAGAUUCCAAUGUUCGAGUCCAAGCAGUUAGAUUGUUAUGAAUAUCAUUUGGACAACAUUCCAAUGGUCAAGUCCAAGGAAACAAAGCGCUCUGGUCAAUGUCCAAAGGUUUUUCAGUUCAUUGCUCAUCCAAAAUCCAACAUAUGGAACCGAUCAGAUUCUUUGCAUUCACCUGUUAAACUAAGAUUUGUUCAGGCAUUGCAUUUGAAUGAAAGGGAAUUACCAAGUUCCUGGAUUACGGCAGUACAAUCACUAUCUCACUUGAGGUACCUUGCAAUUUGUGUCGAAAAAUUUGAUUUCAAGUGGGUAUCACAUCUACUCUAGCUCCAAACUCUAGUGGUAGAUUAUUCAAGAUAUCCAUUCAGGACAUCGACUGCUGCAUUCUGGAAAAUGACAAAGCUAAGGCAUGUGAAUAUAAACGCAUUUAUCUUUACGGGCGAAUGGGAUACUAAAACUGGUCGACCAAUUUUAGAAGAACCUUCAGAAAGUACGCUAGAGAACUUGAAGACAUUGCGCAGUUGUCGUGUUGCUGUGAGCGAUGCGGCUCGGAAGGUCUGGUGGAGGUGUCCGAAUCUUGAAGAACUGAGUCUCGAAAUUAUAAGUGUACCUAGUUGUUCUUUGUUUCCCAUACCAGAACUUCAUACUCGGCUUCAAUCUCUUAAACUAGAUGCCUUAUGCUCAUAUGAAGAUGAAUAUACAGUUGAAUGGUCCAGCUACAUUGUCUUCCCUUCAAAUCUUAGGGAGUUGUGCAUUCGGAACAUUUUUCUAACGGAAGAAAUAGUUUCAAAUAUUGCAAGACUGCAGAAGCUUGAGAGUCUCGAAGUAUAUAGAGGAUAUCUUGUGGGGAAUGAUCAGUGUUUAGACGUCAGAUAUGUCGAGUUCCCUGCACUCAAAUUCUUCACAUUAUUUGUGCUCUUUAUGGAAGAAUGGAAAGCUUCAGAGGAAUCAUUUCCCAUGCUUGAGAAGCUAGUUAUACAAUAUUGUGAUGACCUCGACGAGAUCCCUCCUAGCUUUGCCGAUAUUCCAACACUCCAACUUAUUGAAGUGGAUAACUGCAUGGACUCUGUUGGGGAUUCAGCUAUGGAUAUUAAAAGAGAAAUAGAAGAAAACACAGGCUGUGACACUCUCCAAGUUCUUAUAUCAUAGGACUAGUAAAGCUGGUAAGUGUUGCUCCAUCAGAUAUGGGAAACAAUUUUUAGUAGCUCUCUCAAUCGUUUGUCAUUUAAUUUGUAGGUGUAGCUUUUUUGCAAUAAUGGACUUCAUUUUCCUAACAGACUCCGACACAUCCAUCCUCGGGUCUGCGACCUUCUCAACAGAGGAAACAAAGUAGCUCAACCGUUGUUAUUUUUUGUUCUGCGCCAUAUCUGAGCAUUUGUUAAUGUGAUGAAAGGAAUUCUUCUGAUUUCUGGAUGGCUUCUUGCUGAACUAAUUACUUCCAGCUCAGAAUGCAAUUAAGCCAACUAUGAACUAAUGUAUGUAUGUAUGUUGCUUCAAUCUUAUAAUGCUGUUAUAAGCAGAGUCAUCACUCGUCA